CUUUAGGGCUAGGAAGGGAGUCCGUCAAGGUGAUCCAUUAUCACCGUACUUAUUUACUAUUGCCAUGGAGGGCCUCUCUUCCAUGUUAAUAGCUGCAAGCCAAUCAGGGAGGAUCCCUUACCACCCUCAGUGUCGAAGGAUUGGGUUAAAUCAUAUGUGUUUUGCUGACGAUGUUCUUGUUUUUACCACUGGCUCGACUCAAGCAAUUCUUCAGGUAAAAGAUGUGUUACAGCAGUUUUAUAAGCUGUCAGGACUCAAUUGUAAUCCUGCUAAAUGUGAAGUCUACUUUGGGGGUGAAUCUGUUAAAUACAAGGACAAUGCUCUUUCCCUAUCGGGUUUCAAAGAGGGUCUGUUGCCUGUUAGGUAUUUGGGGCUUCCAUUGAUGACUGGAAAGCUGUCAUCAAAGGAGGUGGACAUUCUAGUGGAAAAGAUCACAAAACGAAUUAAAUCUUGGAGGGCAAGGAAGCUGACAUAUGAUGGAAGGCUGCAGCUAGUGAAUUCAGUCUUGCUGGGGGUUGUUCAAUACUGGAUGCAAUUAUUUGUACUCCCUAAAACAGCUCUGAAAAGGAUACAACAGGUAUGCUCUCAGUUCCUCUGGCAUGGGGCUGAUGAUGGGAAGGCCAAAGUAGCAUGGGAAUUUGUGGCUUUACCAAAGAAAGAGGGUGGACUCGGGGUCAAAGAUCUACUGGCUUGGAACCAAGCCUGUUAUAUUCGGAUGCUUUGGUUAUUCUUAAUGAAAGCAGGUACUUUAUGGGUUGCAUGGAUGCAUGAGUAUAAAUGCAGGCAAGGGGAUCUUUGGAGUUUGAGGGUGCAAUACAGUAGCUCUUGGACUUGGAGAAGGAUGCUUAAAUUAAGGGAAAUCAUUUUGCCAUGGAUCACUCAACAAGGGGAUGUCAUCUACUAGGAUUCACAGGAAAUGCUAGUCUACUCUGUUCGGAGGGUAUGGGAAACUCUCAGAAGAAAAGCACCUGUAGUCUCAUGGUAUAAGCUUGUUUGGGAUAGUUGUUGCCCUCCGAGAUAUAGCCUGAUUGCUUGGUUGAUUAUGAGGAAUGUCAUAGUUACCAGGGAUAAACUAUUGAAAUGGGGUAAAAUAAAUGAUGCAUCCUGUCCUUUGUGCAAGAAGGGAGUUGAGAAUCGAGAUCAUUUGUUUCUCAGCUGCAGCUUCUCCCUCAGGCUUGCUGCACAGUUGAGAUUCAGGUUUCUACACUAUCAGAGUUGGGAUGCAAUGGUACAAGCUUUAAAUGCAUAAAUAUACAGGGACGUGAAAAUUGGGAGAUGGAUGCUUUGGUGUGGUGUUUGAUAGUAGCCUUCGUUUGGAAGGAGAGAUGCAAAGUGGUCCAUGGAUCGACUAGACAAAACCCAGGAAGAGUAGUUGAUCAGCUCCAGACAGAUUUGCAGUUCCUAGCAUGUGGAAAUAGAGGAUUGCGUGAUGCUCUUACCAAACUACAUUACUUAUAGGUUUUGUUUUUGCUGAGUUUGUAAGUGGCUGAUAUAUUGGAGAAGGUAGAGGGACAAACACAUGGGAAUAUUUUAUGUUCUCACUUCGUUGUAUUGGCUUUUCUUGGGAAUAAAGAAACUGAUUCAACAAAGAAAAAAUAUUAUAAGAAUCAAGUUUCUUGUCAUGUUAGGUGACAAGAACACCUAAUUCACGCAUUUUUGUCAUUUAUUCACGCCAUAUUUUCGUUAUUCACGCCAUAUUGACAUCAUUCACGUAAGAGUGUUGCUUAUUCACGCAACCAAUAUUGUUUAGUCACGCAACCUGGUAUCGAUUCACGCAUAUUGUUAUUUAUUCACGCCAUUGUAAAAUUAAAUUUUAGACGUUAAAAUAUAUCAAAAUGGAUGUCAUUGUGUAGAUUAUGAUCAAUGCUACAUAUUUUGACAGACUAAUUGAGAAUCCAAAUUUAAUUCCAUAAAAUAUAGCCAAUACAAAUUAUUAGGGGGGAAAAGUCUGAAUUUUCAUUUACGUGAAUAACUUACACUCUUACGUGAAUAAACAUAGUAUUACGUGAAUACACACAAAAUGGCGUGAAUGAGUACAAAAAUACGUGAAUAAAUUGACAUUAGGUGUUUUGUCACCUAACGUGACAAGAGAUGUUUUCCAUAUUAUAAUUGCCUCCUCGUCUUAACCACAAAAGCAGCAACCACCGAUCCUUCAGGAUUCCGGUCAGCUUCAUCUCGCCACUGGAGGCCACACCCACAUGAAUUCCUUCCGCUCACCAUGCUAAGCCAUCGUAAUGAUCAACAACAAAGCGAAGGCCAAGGAAGAAGAAGAAGAAGAAGAAGAAGAGGGCUCCCAUCCGUCGCGCUCCAUCACUUCACAUCGACCGUUUCGAAGGGGACAUCAUCCAGAACAAACACUACGUGGCGUCAAAAGACGGGUGACUCCUCCUCACUUUUCCGACGAUGAUCAGCUUCUACCUCCUCAACGUCGACCGUCACAACAUCCACAAAGCCAUCAUCUCAUCUUCCCCUGACGACGACGACCACUGCCAUGUCUUCCUUCUCUUAAACUCCACGCCCCGCUUAGCGUGCUGCAACGUGCAUGCUAGGGACGACGGUUGGAAAUUCAUAGCCCGUGAUGAUGAGCUCAGCUACAACCUCUCGACGGAGGUUGACAUAGCCACCGCCGGGCUCUCCACCGCCGCCACUCUCUUUAUCCUGGGAUCCACCGGCCUCAUGUCCUUGCUCUACCGCUACCUCCCUCUCCCCGUUGUCCGCGACGUUCAGCUCUCCCAUGGUCUCUCCUUCGCCUUCUCCACCGUCAAGUACAUCCAGUUCAAUCAAGAUAUCGGUGGAACACGUCAGCUAAAGCCGCUCCUUGAUCUGGCCUCUAUCCUAUCCCUCAAGACCUCCCAUAUUCGCAUCCACUCCGUCACUCGACCAGCUGCUAUGGGCCCUGAGGCCUUACCGUGAGCGGCCGGCGGGGUGUUGUAACUUGUAAGUGUGGAGAACUGCUGGCGAAAGAGAAAGAGGUUGGGAAUGAGAUUUUGUCGCGGAAGAAUUAGGAGAAGCCAUAUGGGAUUGAAGCAUAAUUAAUGGGGGCUUUUUUU